AAAACAUUUAAAAAUAACAUGUUAUUUGAAACUUUUUUGUAUACAGUGUUGCUAUUUAUUUAUUUUGCAAAAGAUUCAUUACAAUUAGAAUGUAGGAUUCCAAUUGACACUAUAAUGUCAGGUUCAUUAAACUACGAUGAAUGGCCUUUAGUUUUGAAUGCAGGAACCACGGAAUUUUUCACACUUGAACCACAUACAAGAGACAUCGUUGUCGAAAUUAAUAAAGAUUUAAGGCUUGCUUGUCCUGGAGAUGGUAAUUACUUUACUAAGUUUUAUCCUCUUACAAAUAUUAUAACUGUUACCUGUAUUGAUAAUCAAGAAUUCUACUAUAAUAAUAAUAAUAAUCAUGAAAAUCAUGAUAUUUUCAACUUUUAUGAUUUUUUUUCGUGCAAGGCUAUACCUGAGAGUUCAAACAGACUAAAUAUGGGAACAUAUGAAAUUGGGUUUCAAAUAACAGCAACAGAGUUUGUUCCCUUAAUAUGGUCUACUUAUAAUGGCCAAACUGAAAAUGUCAUGAGUACAUAUCACAUAAUAUCUCGCUAUUCACAACGAGUACAGACUACAGAACGAAUUGAUUUUAAAAAAGGAUCGCAUCCAGUGCUAAAAAUCGAUGAUUUUUAUAAGCAAAGUUAUGUAAGUGAAUUAAUGGACAGACGAAUUGGAGUUUUAAAUCGUCAACGAUACUUUACGAGCAGUUCAUAUUUAGCAAGGGGACAUUUUGCUGCCAAAGCUGAUUUUCCAUUUGCGGCACAACAAAAAGCUACAUUUUAUCAUCUAAAUUGCUUCCCACAAUUUCAACCAUUCAAUAGAGAUAAUUGGUUUGCUCUUGAAGACAGUAUUAGAAGACAUGAUUUUCUUUCGGAUCUGGAAACUUUUACUUAUGUUGAGGAUAUCCUUUAUCUUCCAAAUGCAAUGAACCAAUUGACAACUUUAUUUUUGAAAAAUUGGGAGCGAUUUCCAGUUCCACAAAAAGUUUUUAAAAGAAUCAGAACCAUUGGUAAUAAUGUAAGAGAAUACUUGUUUGUUGGAAUUAAUCAUCCAAAUAUUUAUAGUCCUGAAUUUGAUUUCUUAUUAAAUGAAUUUUAUGAUGUUUGUGAUACUCCACAUUACUCUUGGAUUAAUCAACAGUUAAGAGUCAAUCGCAGAAAUCCACUUAGAGGAUUAUUUGCUUGUCUUGAUCCAAGGAACUCAUAA